AUGUGCUGUGAAGGGACUCUGUACAACCUGCAGGUUCAAGAUAGGCUCUCAGAGGAGGCCCAGUGCUCUGGGAGUGUCCUGAUGGAGGUCAGCUCCACCCAGAUCUGCUGCUCUGCCCCAGGACUAGACCUGCUCUAUCCUACCCAGCCAGGGUUCAUCUGCUGUGGGCACCGCUACCCCAACACCUCCCUGUGGUCUUGCUGCGUGGGGGUCCUGCACCCAAGGCCUGAACCACACACCACCAGCAAAAACAUGAUUCCAGAUUUUGGGAUGACGGCCCCAUCCACAACAGAGUGCAAAGUCUUCCUGGUAAUCUAUGGCCUGCUGGGUUGCUCUGCCACCAUCCUCUUGUUCAACCUCUUCCUGGAGAGGAUCAUCACCAUGUUGUGCUUUCUCAUGCGAUGGUGCCACCGGAAGAGAACACACAAUAUCAGGCUAGGGGGCAACAACAACCAAGGAGGGUCUCCCAGAGAUCACGUCUGCAACGGGCUGAAUUAUGACGUUCUAGAAUACACCUGCUGUGAAGGAGUACGGCAUAAAGGGGCGGGGCUGUCCUGCUGUGGAAAAAGGGCCUUCGGCCUCACCCAGGCUUCCUGUUGUACCUAUUCACUCAAACCUGGUCAGUUAACUCUGAAUGUGAGCCAGCUGGUGUCAGAUUGCUGUGGGUUGAGGGCCUACGACCCACUCAACCAACUGUGUUGUGACUCACGGAUCCUAACCAGGACCCAACCCCAUGCCAAGUGUUGUGGAAAAGUACAGGGGAAUUGA